AUGAAUUUACCUGUUCACAACAAAAUAGCGGCCACACUCCCAGGUAUCUCCUCUGUCAUGGGAGGAGAUAAGAGAAUGGAAAGUGUCCAUCAAGCAACCUCCUCGAAAAAGCCAAGGGGUAGACCCAUUGGCUCAAAGAACAGGGCCAAAGCACCCAUCAUUGUCAACGAAAACAUUGACAACCUCAUGGAAUUGAUUUCCAUUAAGAUCCCUAAGGGGAAUGAUGUUGUGGAGACUCUCAUAAAUUUGUCUCUGUAUCGUCAAGCUGGAAUCACCGUGUUAAGUGCUUAUGGUCUUGUUUCUAAUGUGACGAUUCUGAAUCCGAUUUUCGGUGUCCCUAAUUUUCCAAUUGAAGGAACAUACCAAAUGACAUCUUUACAUGGCACUUACCUGAAAGCCACUCAUGGCCGCGUUCCUCCCCAAUUAAUUGCUGAGCCAACAUUUUCCUCUUUUUCCAUUUAUAUGAAGGCCAAUUAUGGCAAUUACGUGUUUGGUGGAAUCGUUGCGGGGAAGGUCAAGGCUGCUGGUGCUGUUUUCAUUACAGCCGCUCUUUUGAAAAAUCCAGAGUUUCAUAGGGUGGCUGUUUUCAAUGGCGGUGUCACCCGAACCAUUGAUGAUUUUGCGCCAAAUGUUGGUGUCAUGGGUCCUGAUUCGGCUCACCGGAAUCAGCAAAUGCUCCCUCUUCCUACUGAUGUGAAUGGCAUGCAUUGGGAUAUCUCCCCUAGCACUUGA